UCACAAUUCCAAAAAUUGUAUGGAGUAUUUUUCUUGUGCGAAUGUCAUGUAAAUUUUAAUUCAAUAAAAUUUGGCUUUUCUUAUAAAUAUAUAAAAAAUAAUUAAAUUUAUUAAAAAUGAGUUUAAAGAAAAUAAAUGAAAAGAAGUUAGAAGCGUUUACGCUGGGCGCAAUGGGAAAAAGGCCACUAUCUCGCAAGGAGCUCGAAGACCAAAAAAAGCGUGAAGAGGAGGCGGCUGCAGCUCAUGCUUUUAAAGAAUUCGUUGAAACAUUUCAAGAACCACCAGCUUCAUCUAAAGUUUGGAUCAAAGCUGGAACUUAUGAUGCCGGUUCAAGGCGUGAGGAUAAAAGAGAGAAAGGUAAACUCUAUAUCCCCGGAAAAGGAACUGAUGAAAAAACCACAGCCGAGAGGGCACAAGAAUAUGCCAAAAUGUUGGCAUCGGAAACUAAAAAAGAUUCACUCAGUCUGAAGAAAAAGUCACAGGAAAAAAAGAAAAGUAACUUGGAACUUUUUAAGGAGGAACUGAGGCAAAUUCAAGAAGAACGUGAGGAACGCCACAAAUACAAACAUAUUGCCCGCCAAACAAUUGUCAAUAUUGAAACGGAAAAUCCAAAAGAAAACAAUGAAGCAGGCUCAUUCGAUAAUGGUGAUCCAAAUACCACAAAUCUUUAUUUGGGAAAUCUAAGUCCUAAAAUAUCUGAACAACAACUAAUGGAACUCUUCGGUCGUUAUGGUCCUUUGGCCAGUAUCAAAAUUAUGUGGCCUCGUUCUGAGGAAGAGAAAUCCCGUGGAAGAAAUUGUGGAUUUGUGGCAUACAUGAGCCGCAAAGAUGCGGAACGUGCAUUGAAAACCUUACACGGACGUGAUGUUAUGGGAUAUGAAAUGCGAUUAGGUUGGGGAAAAGCAGUUCCGAUCUUGAAUCAGCCCAUAUUUAUUCCACCGUCAAUGCUUGAGCUAACACUUCCGCCACCAGCAUCGGGAUUGCCAUUUAAUGCCCAACCAUCGCCAAAUGAAACGCUUUCUGUACCUCCUGGUAAUUAUAAAGAAUACAUAGAUGACGAAGAGAAGACCGAAUGCAUGAAAAAGAUCUUGUACAAUGCAGUUGUUAAAGUAUUCAUUCCAACGGAAAAAACGGUUCUAUGCGUCAUUCAUCGCAUGAUAGAAUUUGUCAUCCGAGAGGGUCCCAUGUUCGAAGCGCUUGUAAUGAGUAGAGAAAUGGAAAAUCCUCUAUUUAGCUUCUUGUUUGACAACGAAAGCCCUGCUCACAUCUACUACCGCUGGAAGCUUUUUUCUCUCUUGCAAGGUGAUUCGCCAAACGAAUGGCGAGAGCAAGAAUUUCGUAUGUUCAAAGGCGGUCCGAUAUGGAAACCUCCGUUAGUGAAUUUCUACACCCAGGGUAUGCCCGAUGACCUUGUUGUAGACGACGAUGCUCCGGAGCCACACAAAGGUGCUUUAUCAAAUGCGCAACGUGAUCGUUUGGAAGAUUUAAUUCGUCAUCUUACACCCGAAAGAUCUAAAAUUGGUGAUGUGAUGAUAUUUUGCAUUGAACAUGCUGAGGCAGCAGAUGAAAUCUGCGAGUGUAUUGCUGAGUCGCUCGCAAACCAGGAAACAAUGUGCUCGAAGAAAAUCGCUCGACUCUAUUUGUUUUCUGAUUUGUUGCAUAACUGCACUGUUAAAGUGUCAAAUGCCAGUUUCUUUAGAAAAGCGGUGGAAAAGCAGCUUACAGAAGUUUUCGAAAAUUUGCACACCUACUACACAAGCAUGGACAGUCGAUUGAAGGGUGAAGGAUUCAAGGCUCGUGUAUUGAAGGUGUUGCGUGCAUGGGAAGAAUGGACAAUAUAUCCAAAAGAGUUUUUGGCUAAAAUAAAGGCAUUAUUUUUGGGUCUACCUCCGCCAGAGGAGGAGAAAAAAGAAGAAGAAGAUCAAGACAUUGAUGGAGCACCAAUGUCAGGUGACGAGAAAGACGAUGAAGAUCUAAAUGGAGUGCCAUUAGAUGGAGCAGCCUUAUUAAAGGGUGCCCUAAUGCGUGCUUUACCCGAGAAUAUACCAUUACAAAAAGAUACUCCAAUGAUCAAACGCAAUGAAAAUAAUUGCGAUGAAGAUUACGAUGAUGAUAUUGAUGGAAUUCCAUUGGAUGAUGACAUUGAUGGAAUUCCAAUUGAUAAAAUGGAAGAUUCUCCAAAAAAAGGUGGUGCCUUUAUUCCCUCUAAAUGGGAGACAAUUGAUCCGGAACAAGUAGAAGCCCAAGCAAUAACCACAAGCAAAUGGGAUACAUUGGAGCCACCAGCGGCUCCUGAGCCACCAAAAUUUUAUGACAGCAACGACAGUUCCGAUGAUGAUAAUGCUGAAGAAACAUCAAGAGAUUUUAGUGAAGAGAAACGAAGUAAGCUGCGUGAAAUAGAAAUGAAAACUAUGCAAUACCAAGACGAGCUGGAGAGUGGUAAACGAGAUCUGCGUACAGGCUGGAGUAUUACCCAGCAAGUUGAACACUAUCGAAAGCGAUUACUUAAAAAGGAUUUGCAAAAAGAAGAAUUGGAUUCUCCAUCCUCAUUUUUACGGAAAGAUAUUUCCCGAAGGAGUCCUAGUCCAAGUGGAUCAACCCAGUCGAAAAAAUCACGUCGUACGAAACGUUCACCUUCACCACAACAUUCGUCACGUUCGAGCCCACCCAAAAGCAAAAGACGCUCACGAUCGCCGUACAGUAAACGUGAGGUAUCACCACCAGCCCGCUAUUCCAAGCAACUUAAACGCAAUCGUUCGCGCAGCCUCUCAGACUCUCCCAAACGAUUUCUUGACAGAACUCCAUAUAUCUCUAAAUCGUCCAAAUAUGAUGAUAGUCCUCCACUAAGAUCGAGAAGAUCCCCGUCUCUUAGUCGCAUAUCCCCGCCUUCAAGGUCAAGGCGUAGUCCUGUAAAAUCAUCUAAGCUUGACAUUUCUCCGAAAUAUAGUAGCAGUAGAUCGCCUUCCUCUCGGCACCGUAGCGAUAAGCACAAGCAUAAGCAUAAACACUGAAGUCCACCUAUAUCCCCAUUAUAGUUUCUUAGUUCAUAAAUUUAGUAAUAAUUGUUUAUUAUUUUAUUUUUUUUAUAAAGCAACAUAAAUUCAGGACUAUUCAUCUAUUAAGAUUAUAAGAUGUAAUUUAAAGAAAAAAAAAACUAAAUGAUAUAUAACUCAAUAAUUUUAAUAUUCAAUAUGAAUUUAUCAUAAAAAAAUAACAUGAUAUGCGCUCCAAAAACUAAAACGACACAAUCAUAUUUAUAAUAAAUAAAUACAUACUUUAAAUCUUAAAAA